GUGACACAACAAAAAAGUCCAUUUUCACGAUCAGAGCACGGCAUUCGUCGACCCACCAAACUCACCGUUGCGAUUGGGACGGGUCCCCCUCUGUAUCGCAACACCACCUGCUUCGAAAUGACAAAACUUGCUCCGCUUCUUCGGUUAUUGUGGUUCUUGGUUCGUUGCAUUCUUGUCGGUGCAGCCGCAACGGAAGGCGACGACUUUGCCAUCGCCGGAUACUUGCCCGAUUAUCGCCUCCGAACGUACCUGGAUCAGACGCAGCAGUGGAACGGAAAUUCUAAGAAACCGAAUCCGAAACGCCGGGAUUCUGGAUCGUCUGUCUUUGUCACGGAUCUCGUCCUCUUUUCUCUCCAGCCACACGCCAGGGGAUUCAUCGGGUGCUGCCUGCAGGAAGACCACUACGACUUGGUCGAGGAAUUCCUCAACAGCACCCUCCCGUCCUCGCCGUUUCCGGAAGCCCCGACGACCACCGRCCMGUCUCCGUUUGUCUGGGUCACGCUCGGCGGGGGCGGGAGGACGGGGGCCUUUCCGGAGCUGUGCACCUCCAGCAGAUCGCGGCAGAGACUGAUAGGGUCCGUUUUGGCCCUCGCUUCCAGGCGGUCCUUCCUCGGGGGGAUCGACCURGACUUUUUCCAGCCCCGGACSAUCCAGGAACGCGACAACUAUGUUUCGUUCCUGAACGAAGCCAUUCCCCAAUGGAACAACCACGGACURAGAGUAAGCCUGACCCUGCAUCCCUACCAGGGAAGAAUGAUUCCGCCGGACGUGUAUCAGAAACUGGAUCGCAUCCAUUUCAUGACGUACGACAUGGUCGGCGAGAGCAGCGACAGCAAUUACCAUGCCAGUCUUGCCAAGGUUCGUCGAGCCGUAGAAGACUUGCUGCAGCCCGGUGGAGGCCUGUCACAGACUCCCGAGAAGGUGCUGCUGGGAAUCCCGGCGUACGCGAGGCACACCGGCAAUCCGUCACGGGUAAAGACCUUUGGUGAGAUCUACGACGACGUGUCGCCGGACGAAGCGGCCAAGGGUCGGUCUCGGGAUGGCUACGARUGGGAGUCCCCGUCCAGAAUCCGAGCCAAGAUCGAUCUUUCCAAAGAACUCAAGCUCGGAGGAAUCUUCUUUUGGGAACUCGGGCAGGACAAAAUCACAMCGGAACACCCGGRUGGUGUCUUGCUGGAGGCAGCCUUCGCCGCUGCUUCCGUGGGAUCGUUGGCGCCAGAGGCAGAGCUUUAAGGAUUCUUCGAACGGUCCGUCCGUCCGUGGAAAGUCGGAACGAUGAACUAGGCUUCUCCAGAGCGAAGACUGAGCACAUUGUUACA